AUGCUUCGUUCGUUUGCUUUGAAGGCUUCCACAGCAAAGAAGGUCUCUUCAUCAUCAUUUUCAAGAGUUUUAUGUGUUUGUUCCAUCAAUAACAAUAUUCUUCUCGGUACAACAACAAGUAUUAAUUCUCAUUCUUCUUCGGGAGUUUGGAAUAUUGGAGCCGUAGCUACAACAGAGAAUAAUUUACGAUUUUAUGCUGAAGAGCAAAGACAAAAGAAUCCAAAGAGUAAACACGGAAAGGAAUCAAGUUUUAAACGUCUGUCCCACGAAGAAUGUGUGCAAGUUUAUGAUUAUUGGAAGAGCCAAGGCAAACAACUUAAUUUCACUUUCUAUAGACAAUUCAUACAACAUUGCAAUAAUCUAUGCUGGGACAAACCAGAAUACCUCGAAAAGGCCUUCUCAAUUGCAGAUGAUAUGAAAAAAGAUGGAAUAGAGUGGAACCGUGAAGUUUACUUUAUGCUGAUUCAAUGUUGUAUUCGUACAAGAAAACCAGAGAAUUUAGAUAGAGGAUUUGCCCUCAAAGCAGAAAUGGAAAAACAAGGAAUUACUUCUUCUCAAUUAAUUUACAAUGCACUUAUUAGAGGAUGUGCUCUGCUCGACCAAAAAGAAAGAGCAAAACCGGUUUUUGAAGAUUUAAUGAAAUUGAAAGAAGUUCCUCCUGGAAUUAAGUUUGAAGAUGUUUUCAAAUAUUUGAAGGAGUUGUAA